GAAGGACACUAAGUUUGAAUUUCGACUGCCACCUGUCCGUUCUAACCCGAAACAUUCUCAUCGCUGCUCGUUCCGCGGAGUUCGUCGCUUUAACAAUAUCCUCUGUCCCAUGUAACGCCAAAGAAAUGAUAUUAUGGAGAAUAUGAGCCUGACAUAAGUAGUCGGCGACAUCCCUUACACCUGACGCUGAUGGAAAACUCCCGGAGACGGAGUAAAGAGAAAGGCUAUUGUGAGUAUCGUUCGAUCGGCCGGUAACAAACAGAAAACGUGAUGAGGCUCUGGAUAUGCGACAGAGGGCCAGGAACAUGAGUCCCGGAGGUAUCGCAAGUUUGCUAACUUGAAGGCGGUGUAUCUACUUUCUUGUGGGUGUGCUUGCUACAUCAUCGGCGAUCAGAUCCACAGCCCUAUGCAUUCCUCAUUUGUUUCAAUGUAGAAACAUCAGCGGUAGAGCCGAAGAUUUUGCACAGGAUAUGGUUACAUUGAGUUCCGCUCUCGUGAAGCAUGCAUCGGCGUUUUGCAUCAUCAAAGAUGAAAGCCUAUGCAGCCUGUCGCAUUGGCAUUUCUCGCCGUAAACCUGGCAGGGGUGAUUCUGAAGUGGCGUCUCGCUACUUAGUCCAUGCAGCCUAGAUGCCGGAGCCGAAACAUGAUAUAAGGAGCUUCACCGAACCAUAAUUUUCAACAACUCCUCUUCGGCUUCUCUGUGUCGUACUUUUUCACUCUAAGCAUGCUUUCGAUGGCAGGCUCAUCGCAGGUCGAUUUGACUCACCACCUCUCCACGGAGACACGCCUCAGGAAGCCUAAUCCCAUGAAGGCGAUCUGGCGUCUUACUAGACGGAAAGCAGACAUGAUCAGUCUCGCAAAUGGCGACCCACACUUUACUUUAUAUCCUAUCAGGAAACUUGAAUUCGAGGUCGCCUCCGUCGAGGACGGUGUCCUCGACCCUGUCUCAUCAUGGCGCGGGGCAGGAGCCAGCGCACCAUCACAAUCAUUUACUACUACGACUCACAGCGGCACCCUCCCACUAAAAGCUGCAAUGCAAUAUAGCGCGGGUGCUGGCUUGCCGGACACUCAGCGUGUUGUCACCGACUUGACCAAUUUCUAUCAUUCACCUCCCGAUCAUGUUGUGACACUUACGCUUGGAAAUGGGGACGGUGUCUCCAAAUGCUUCCGACUUCUUGGUGAACCAGGCGAUCACUUCUUGACAGAUGAAUUCUCCUUCAGUUCACUCACGAACGCGCCUUUGUCACAUGGCAUCAACUGGGUUCCUGUGAAGAUUGACAAUGGGGGUCUCGUUCCAGAGGAGCUGGAAAGAAUCCUCUCAAAUUGGAAUGAGGAACAGCAGGGUCGGCGGCCACAUGUUCUAUAUACUGUACCAUGUGGUCAGAAUCCCACAGGCUGCACUUUGAGCGUGGAAAGGAGAAGGAAGAUCUAUGCACUAGCUCAACGUUUUGAUUUCAUCAUCAUAGAAGAUGAUCCAUAUUAUUACCUGCAAUACGACGCCGAUGGGAACGAGGGUGAAACAUUUAAGUUCAUGCCUUCGUUCUUGUCUAUAGAUGUCGAUGGCCGGGUGAUGCGAGUUGACAGUCUGUCGAAGGUUAUGGCACCAGGGAUGCGUCUCGGUUGGAUUACCAGCAGUGCUCUCUUCCACGAUCACCUCGUUACCUUAGUUGACUCUUCCACACAUCAUCCACAUGCCUUCGGGCAAGUAUUCCUUACCGAGAUGCUCAGCUCAUCAGGAUGGAAUAUCUCUGGUUUUGAUCGCUGGGUCCGAAGUCUCCGUAAGGAGUACCAGAGGCGGAGGGAUUACUUCCUGCGAACAUUCUAUCAGGAAGUUUCUCGCACAGGGUUGGCCAGUGCAAACGCUCCGGAGGCGGGGAUGUUUGUCUGGAUGAAGGUCCAUAUAGAUAAGCACCCACGUUAUAGGUCAGACGUGCAGCACACGAAUGGGUCCAAGGCCAAAACAAAUGUGGAAGAACUUAUGGAAGAGCUGUUUGAACGGAUUCUUGAUGGAGGCGUGGUGGUCAUGCCAGCUAGCAUUUUCGUUGCACCAAGUGAUCUGAACAAGUUUGACAGCGACGACCCGAUACAGGACCGUCUCAACUUCUUGCGGUUGACUUUCGCUGGUCAAGAAGAGACUAUGCAACCAGCUCUUGCGAGGCUUGCUCAAGUGCUCAAAGAGUUCUUCGCCGACACAAAAUGAAGCACACUCUCAUCUGAAUCGGACCUAAAUCACAUGGUUAUUUAUACUCUUAUUUAGUUCUUGGACUUUGCAACAACACUUUCAAUCUCACCUCGGCACAUUUUUGCACAUCUCAUUCAUAUCUCAAUCUUUUUUAUAAUUUUUAGUACACUCACCUAUACGUCUCUUCGUCGUGCACUAGCAGUGUUUGUAAUCGACCGUAACUUGAUGGAUUUUCUUAUGCAUUGGAUGCAGUUGCUUAUCUGAACGUCGCCGAACUGCGAUGCUGAGCCUAAGCCGCCGUCGGUAGUGGACGGAGUUCUGGCUCAUGUUACACAAAGACAUCCCACUUCAUCAUAUUUCGUAUAAUUGUGUACAAAAGCUC